UCCUGCUCGCCCGGCCCAGUGGGUGCCCGGUCCCUGCGGAGCCGCGCGGGUCCCUCGGCUCCCCUCGGGAAGCAGCGCCCGCGCCCAUGAGGACGGAGCCGCCGGGCCCUCGCCGCCGCCGCUAGAGCCGUCCGUGCGCGCCGCCCCGCGAUGCUGACGGCGGUCUGCGGCUCCCUGGGAUCGCAGCCCUCGGACGCGCCCCGCGCCUCCCCGACGCACCUGGACCUGCAGCCGCUGCAGCCCUUCCAGCCGCACGGCCCCGCCGCCCCGGGCGCCCCCGACUUCGCCUCGCCGCUGCCGCCGCCCGAGCUGCCGCUGCCGGGGCCCGAGGACGCCGCGUUCGCCGCCGCCGCCGCCGCCGCCUACGAGCCCCAUGGCCCGCCGAGGUUAGAGCUGCCCCCCGAGGGCCCCGCCGCGCCCGCAGCCUACGCCAAGCUGCUGCCGGCCGCCCCGGACAUGGCGCACCCCUACGAGCCCUGGUUUCGGCCCCCGCACCCCGGAGCCCCCGGCGAGGAGGGCGGCGGCGUCAACUGGUGGGAGCUGCACGCCGGGGCCAGCUGGAUGGAGCUGCCGCCGGGGCAGGGCGCGGGGCUGGCCGUGCCCGCGCCGCCCGGGCUGCCCGCGGCGCUCGGCGGCUACGGCGGGGCCGAGCACCAGCUCUGCGCGCCCCCCGCGCACCUGCUGCCCCCGCCCGCGCAGCACCUGCUGCCCGCCGAGGCCGCCAAGGCGCUCGAGGGGCCCCCGGAGCCGCGCGGCGCGGAGGGCGAGGCCGGGGCGCGGCCCAAGGGGGCCCGGCGGGCCGUGCCCCGGGGCGGGGGGCAGGCGGCGUGCCGCUGCCCCAACUGCCAGGAGGCCGAGAGGGGCGGCCCGUGCCCCGAGGGCGCCAAGCGCAAGCACCUGCACAACUGCCACAUCCCGGGCUGCGGCAAGGCCUACGCCAAGACCUCGCACCUGAAGGCGCACCUGCGCUGGCACAGCGGCGACCGGCCCUUCGUGUGCAACUGGCUCUUCUGCGGCAAGCGCUUCACCCGCUCCGACGAGCUGCAGCGGCACCUCCAGACCCACACGGGCGCCAAGAAAUUCUCCUGCCCCGUCUGCGGCCGCGUCUUCAUGCGCAGCGACCACCUGGGCAAGCACAUGAAGACGCACGACGGCGGCAAGGACGGGCCCGAGCCCGAGGGCAAAGGCGCCGGGGACGCGGCGGCCGCCAAGGGAGGCAAGAGGGAGCCCGAGGGGGGCCCGGCCGCCCCCACAAACUGAGCCGCUGAGCCCCGGGGCCGGGGGAGCCCUCGGGAGCCCUCGGGGCCGCUCUCCGGAGGGGCCGGGGCGGGGACGGGCGCAGGGCUGGCUCCUUGUGCCGCCGAGCCCCGGGACGGCCCCGGCGUGGGGAGCGCCGCAGCCGGAGCUGCCCCGCGGCGGUUUCACUUGUCCCGCUGCCGCUCUCCCGCCCCGCUGCUCCCUCCCUCCCUCCCUCCCUCCUCCCCCCGCACUCAUCCUCCCCCGGCUUCCCAAAUCUUUCUUUCGGGAGGCUGCUGGCAGGCGGCGGGGCUGUUUGGGAGGAACAUCAAUGGGCGCCGAAGGAGCGGGAGCUGCCCGGGCACGUCCAGCCCAAAGGGGAGGAAGGAGAAGGAGAAAGGGAGAGAGCAGAGCAGAGGAGGAGCCCGGGAGCCUCCGCUCGGGGGGCGCGGCCGCAGCCCCCCGGGCCCUCCCCACGCUCCCCUCCGAGCUGCGGCUCCCCGGGCUCGGCCCCAGCCGGGCCGGCCCCGCUCUCCCGUCGCCCACGAGCGACACGGGGGGCUCGGGACAUCCCCCUGCCCCGGCUGGGGCGGCUGAGCCGGCGGGGGUCCCCCACCCUCGGAGCCCCGCUUUGCUUGUGCGGCUCGAGGGUGCGAAACCCAUUUUCGGCCCGAAUCGCGGCUAAAAUGGGGAAAAAGGGAAACAAAGCAAGAAUUGCUGCGGGAACGCGGCCGUGGGGAGCUCGGGGGGCUGCGGGGGCCGCGGCGGGCGGCGGCCCCAGCGCGCAC